ACCGAGAAACCAAUUGCAUUUGCUUCUCGUUCUCUUGCGCCUGCAGAGAAAAACUAUUCCCAAAUUGAUUAAGAAGCCUUAGGAAUUAUCUGGGGAAUCAAGAAGUUUGACGCUUAUUUGUUUGGAAGAAAAUUCAAGUAGAUCACAUAUCGUCAGCCCUUGAUUCAUAUAUUCAAUCCUCAGAAAGGUGUACCAGUGACUGCGUCAUCACGAUUACAGCGUUAUUCUCUAUUCUUGUCAGCAUACAACUAUGAGAUCGGAUUCAGGAAAACGUCCAAGCAUGCUAUUGCAGAUUCAAUGUCGCGACUACCCUUGGAAAGCACAGAGUCUGACUUAUCCAUAGACUUGGUGGACGCAUUUCACAUUGGACAGAUUCAAUGUCUACCAGUUUCCAGUAGAAGGAUUCAACAGGAAACUCGGAAUGAUGUAAUUCUCGGACGUGUGAUGUCAUGUGUGAAAAGUGACUGGACAUCAAAAGAUAAAGAGGGGGAUCUGGCACCAUUUCAUGCACGCAGAAAUGAACUAUGUAUACAUCAUGGAUGUGUGAUGUGGGGUGUGAGAGUGAUCAUACCUGCCAAACUCAGAGACCAAGUGUUAUCCCAAAUACAUGAAGGGCAUCUGGGUGUUGUCAAGAUGAAAACUUUAGCCAGAAGAUUCUGUUGGUGGCCAGGCAUCAGGAUGUAUCAUGCACCUCAGAUAAAGACUGUCAAAGUGUUGCCAAUUCAGCCUGUUUUUCGGGACUCUGCAAAUGUGUGUUCACAUACAUACGCAACGUGGGAACAGGCGUGUGUGAGAAACCAUCAAAUACAGGUUAUUGUACCUCACACUAUGACUGUGGAUUUGGAACAUGUGACACGAGCAAAGCCCCAUACAUAUGUGUCUGUGAAGGAACUUACCAACAGGAGUCCAACUGUCGACUGAAAGCUUGUGGCGGGGGGUUGUCAACAAGACCUCUAGUAACCUCCCUUGUUCUCCCGAUCGUUGUUGUGCUUCUUGUAAAGGACUGUGCAUGGUGAUGACCGGGUUUGGCCUCAUAAAAUUAGUUUCAUUAUUUUAUUAUACAUAAUAUUAAUUUUAAUGAAGAGUUUGUCCAUUUAUAUUUUACUAAGUAUUCAAAUGCCUCAUGAAAAUUUAAAUCUAUCUUCAAUGCUUGUAAAAAUAUUGUAGAAAUAUAAAUGCUUCUGGUUACCAGAACAAGCUACAUGUAAAUACUUGUAUGUAAAUAAAAAAGUAGUUUUGAUUAUGAGAAAUGC